ACAAAGGUCUUCUUCUCUGUUUCUAAUCAUCUGAGGUAAUCUUGUAGGUUUUUUAAUUCUUGGUGGAAAUUCUGGGAUACUCUGAAGUGAUUCUUGCUUUCUUAAUAGUUUUUGUUGUUUGUUUUCGUGCCAUUGUUGAAAAUCUUGAGGUUGUUCUUGAUUGGUUCCAUGUUGGGUUUAUUGCAAAAACUUCUCGAGUGUUUCUUGGUUGAUUAUCAACAAUUCUUCCUGUUAGAUCUAAAACCCAAAUGUCCAUACCCAAAGUGAAAUCUUCUUGUAUAAGAGAUUCUUCCACGCUAAUUUUCCAUUUACCACACAGGUGCUCUAUCUUAGAAUUCAAAGGACUUAACUUGAGUUACUUUCCGCCUUACAGUCGUACAAAUAUCAGAACUAUUAAAAAAUUUCCUCUUUUGUUUCAGGCAUUCAAAAGAGAGGAAUUUCUCUCUGUCUCUUUUAGUUGUACAUAAGAGAAGGGAUAGAAGAUUUCUGAAGGUAGAACGUUCAAUAAGUAGAAGAAUAUGAAAAGAAGAAAGAAAAUAGAGCAUGCUGAAGCAUUGCCCGAGGUAUGGACCUGGACAACUUCGAUUUCUCUUAUCUCAAGAGCUUGGAGAUUCUUUUUAUCUUACUUCACAGUUGACGUUCUUUCGGUUCUUUCACUCCCCCAGGGUUCACAGAAAAAUUUGAAUUUUUCAUUAGUUGUCGUGAGCUGGCCAAUGCAUUUUUCGAAUUGACAGAUCCUAUUGAUCAGGUGGUGGUUUUAGUUCUCAUUCCAAGCUUAAGAGGAAAUUGAUUUAUAUAUGCAGUGAGGUCGUUGAAAUAUACUGUCAUUGUUCAAUAUUUGCCAAGGGUCUAUCGAAAUCUACUCAUUCUUAAAGAAAGUUAGAUGGCCUUCUAGCAUUCUCCGAGAAAGUGUCAAGGCUAAAGCUGCAUUCAAUAUCUUCCUUUAUAUCCUUGCAAGCCAUGCUCAUUUGGUACACUGCAUCGUGCUGAAUGGCAUGGAUCGGAGAAUGGUUAGUUGGAAUGUUAGUUUUCUUUUGGAGCUGUCAGCUUUUGGAGCCAUUGCAGAGCCCUCUACCUAAUCGCUUGUUUACCUUUGGGGCAAUACCAAAUGUGAGGGCCAAAGGGAGAGCAUCAGUACGUGUUGCUGACAUUCUAAAUCAUUUGCAAACAGAGGAACCUAUUAACUCAAAUGAUAUGGUUGUGCCAGAGAUAAAUACACUCAUUCUUAUAUUUAGGGAGGUGGACAUGGUCACUCCCAUGUGUUCUCAGUUGACAUAUGAAGGGUUGUUUGAUGAGGUGGACAUGGUCACUCCCAUAUGUUCUCAGUUGACAUAUGAAGGGUUGUUUGAUGAGUUUUUGCAUGUGAGUAAUGGUUCUGUGGAGCUUGAUUCAUCGAUCAUGGGUGCUCAACAAGAUGGAAAAAAGAUCAAGGUUCCACUUAAUUCAAGCUGAAUGGGAUUUUCAUACCAAAUCCGCUUGAUAGGCCUCGUUCAGUUUUAUGCUUGAAACUAAAGGAGAAUUUGAGUUCAGACGAGCAUAUUAAUCAGGAUAUAGGUGUCACAACAUGUUUGUAAAUCGAAAUUGGAACCUGCAUAGGCUGCAUUAAUCUUUAUGAUGUCUAAACCAGCUGAAGCAAAGAAAUGGAGAAUUGCAGAAGCUUUCAUAGGAAGUCUAAUAAUAUGAUAUUUUCAGUUGCCCUCUGGCCUUUCUAAUCCUUGUUAUUAGCAGGCGAGGAUGAAGUUUCUGUUGUUCCUUUGAAUGAACCAUUGUCUGAUUUUACUGAUGAAGAUAUUAGAGAGUUUGCAUCUUUCAUUGGUGGAUCAUAUGUUGCCGAUGCUUCAAAAACUUUAAAUGGAGAGUUUACUGUGACUGAUGCUGUUAAGAUCAAUCUUCCUCUGUCUAAGGACUUGAAGAAUGCAAAGGCGAUUGUUGAUUGGAUAGAUUGGGCAGAGCCACAGUAUGACUUUAAUCCCAUUAUUGAUGAAUGGUGCCAAGAAGCUCCCGAAUAACUUGAUUUAUAUAUUCUAAUAAAUUUGAAUAAAUUUUGUAACCAACAGAUGGUCAGUUAAUGAUUGUGUUGGGUUGAAUGAUAUUAGUGACUAUCUUUUGUGAGAAUAUAUAUCUAAUCACACAAAUAGCAUUUUGCGUAGGACGAUACGAAUCUUUUAUGAAAAUAACAUAAAUAACAUUUUGAUGAUACAGACUCUUUCUGGAUUAUAA